AUGUUUGUUGAUCCUAUCGGCAUCACUCAAGAAGACAUUGACGAGAAACGACGUGUUCCCGAACGUGAAAUGAUGUCAGCCAUGGAGACAUUGAUAAAGAGUGGCGGUGAUCUUAACCAAUUAGGGGAACAGGGUGCCGCCCCCCUACACAUCGCUGCAGCCUGUGGCUACCUGGAUGUAGCCUGCUUCCUCCUACAACAUGGCGCUUCACUCGAUCUGCAGGAUCGUGAUGGCUGGGCUGCCAUCCACAUUGCAGCCUGUUGGGGCCAGGUGAGCCUCGCCGACCGCAUUUACUCCUCCUGUAUCUGUUUUGCCUCACAUUCCGGCUUCGGUUCCUGCCACUGUGUGGUUCCCAUCAAAUGCGAAUUUUGCUUGGCUCGAGGGCCAUGA